UCAUUUUACUGGGAGGGUCCCAAUAAAUGACGUUAUUGCUGGCGUACGACUGCAGCGUAAAUGGGCUAAAUGAAUGCACAUCCAAUGGGCAAACAGUCCAAACGGAUAUUAUCAGCAGCCAGGGAGAUAUCAAACCCACAAAAUCACUCUUAUUUAAGUUGACGUUGAGUUGUUGACUUGCUUACCUUUUUAAUAACACUUUGGAUUUACGAUCCAAAAGUUCUGCUUGACAAACAGUGCUUCACUUCAGAAGACUCUUCUCAUCCAAACAGUGCAGGGCAAAACGAUGUGGUUCGCGCGGACCCUCCUCGCUCUAGCACUUCUUUGCGCACCGGUUUCCAGCCUCUGCUUACCAACGUACAACCCAGAGUCCAACUUUCUUUGCAACAACGAGAUGUUCUCCGACGCGAAUGAUAACGGGAAACCGUCGAAUUCCCUGCUCGACAGUGUAAACCUCCUAUACAAACCAGCGCACGCGCUUUCCUCUGAGGAGCCGCGCGAGAGGAGGACUGUGCCCGCGUCCAAAUACAGAUACUUGAGCCAGACGCAGCUCAGGAGUAAACUGUACCGCAACAGUGCGAAGAGCGACCGACGCAACCAGGUCACUCUUUCCCUCGACGUGCCCACCAACAUUAUGAACAUCCUCUUCAACAUUGCCAAAGCCAAAAACCUGCGCGCAAAGGCGGAUGACAACGCGCGCCUGCUGGCGCAGAUUGGAAAGAGGAAAUGAACUCUUAUUCCUGACUUUAACAUUUGUUUUUGUAACCAACUGAGGCAUGUUAUAUCUAAUUUAAUAUUGUAAUAAAAGUUUUUUUCUUUCAGUUGCAUAAAAAAUAGCAAUACUGAAAAUUAAUGGAAUUUAUUAGCAGGUGAUAUAAAUGUCUUUUAAAGGGUUUUGAAUUAUUAGCCUAC